GCUGGGAUGGGAAGCGCGUUGGAAACGCUAUGUGGGCAAGCUUACGGAGCAGGGGAACUCAAAAUGUUAGGAAUAUACAUGCAGAGAUCGUGGGUGAUAAUGAACGCAACCGCGAUUCUUCUGAGCCUUCUUUACGUCUUCGCUGAGCCGAUUCUGAAGUUUAUAGGGCAAACGACGGCGAUUUCGGAGGCGGCGGGGGUGCUCGCUCUGUGGAUGAUUCCGCAGCUUUUUGCCUACGCUAUGAACUUUCCCAUUCAGAAGUUCUUGCAGGCGCAGAGCAAGAUCAUGGCCAUGGCGUGGAUUGCAGCAGUGGCGCUGGUGUUGCACGUCGUUUUCAGCUGGCUACUGAUGCUGAAGCUUGGGUGGGGUAUGGCGGGUGCUGCGGUUGUGCUGAACGCGUCGUGGUGGUUCAUUGUGGUGGCUCAGCUUGUGUAUGUGUUUUGGGGGUCCUGUGGUGAGGCUUGGAGUGGGUUCUCCAUUCAAGCGUUUCAGAGUCUAUGGGGAUUUGUGCGCCUCUCUCUUGCCUCUGGUGUUAUGCUCUGCCUUGAAGUGUGGUACUUUAUGGCCCUCAUACUGUUCGCUGGGUAUCUCGAGAAUGCGGAAGUUUCGGUUGAUGCCUUGUCAAUCUGCACGAACAUAUUGGGGUGGACUAUCAUGGUAUCCUUUGGAGUGAACGCAGCCGUAAGUGUGAGAGUGUCCAAUGAAUUGGGUGCAUGCCACCCAAGAACGGCAAAGUUUUCACUUGUGGUCGCUGUGAUUACUUCGAUUCUGAUUGGUCUCUUACUCUCACUGGUUCUGAUCAUAUUCCGGAAUCAGUACCCUUUCUUGUUUUCAAAUGAUUCAGAAGUGAGAGAGAUGGUGAUGGAGCUAACACCCAUGUUGGCCUUGUGCAUUGUCAUCAACAACGUGCAACCCGUUCUUUCAGGUGUUGCCGUUGGGGCAGGUUGGCAAGCAGUUGUUGCUUAUGUGAAUAUUGCUUGUUACUACUUGUUUGGUAUUCCUCUGGGCCUUAUUUUGGGUUACAAGUUUGACUUUGGUGUCAUGGGAAUCUGGUCUGGAAUGCUGUCAGGGACCAUCCUUCAAACUUGCAUUUUGUUCUUCAUGGUCUAUAAAACUGAUUGGAAUACAGAGGCAUCUCUUGCGGAAGAUAGGAUAAAGAAGUGGGGUGGGGAGGUAAACUAUUUCAAAAAGGUGAUUUAG